AUGAGGAAGCUCCGCGCCAAUGCCAUCGCCAUCCUGACCGUAGCCUGGAUCCUGGGCACUUUCUACUACUUAUGGCAGGACAACCGAGCCCACGCCGCCGCAUCCUCGGGCGGCCGGGGCGCGCCGAAGGCCGGGGGCAGGCCGGAGCCGCUCCGCGAGGACCGCACCAUCCCGCUCAUUGUGACAGGAACGCCUUCCAGAGGCUUCGAUGAGAAGGCGUACCUGGCAGCCAAGCAGCUGAAGCCCGGAGAGGACCCCUACAGGCAGCACGCCUUCAACCAGCUGGAGAGCGACAAGCUGGCCUCCGACCGGCCCAUCCGGGACACCCGGCACUACAGUUGUCCGUCCCUGACCUACUCCUCGGACCUGCCGGCCACCAGCGUCAUCAUCACCUUCCACAACGAAGCCCGAUCCACCCUGCUGCGCACCGUGAAGAGUGUCCUGAACCGAACUCCUGCCCACCUGAUCCAGGAGAUCAUUCUAGUGGAUGACUUCAGCUCAGAUCCCGAAGACUGUCUGCUCCUGACCAGGAUCCCCAAGGUCAAGUGCCUGCGCAACGACCGGAGGGAAGGGCUGAUCCGGUCCCGAGUGCGCGGGGCGGAUGUGGCCGCGGCCACCGUCCUCACCUUCCUGGACAGCCACUGUGAGGUGAACGUUGAGUGGCUGCAGCCCCUGCUGCAGCGGGUGAAGGAGGACCACACCCGCGUGGUGAGCCCCAUCAUUGACGUCAUCAGCCUGGACAACUUUGCUUACCUUGCUGCAUCCGCUGACCUUCGCGGAGGAUUCGACUGGAGCCUGCAUUUCAAGUGGGAGCAGAUUCCGCUGGAGCAGAAGAUUGCCCGUACAGACCCCAACAAGCCCAUAAGGACGCCCGUCAUAGCAGGAGGCAUCUUCGUGAUUGACAAGUCCUGGUUUAACCACCUGGGAAAGUAUGAUGCCCAGAUGGACAUCUGGGGGGGAGAGAACUUCGAGCUCUCCUUCAGGGUGUGGAUGUGCGGAGGGAGCCUGGAGAUCGUGCCCUGCAGCCGGGUGGGCCAUGUCUUCAGGAAGCGGCAUCCCUACAACUUCCCCGAGGGCAACGCCCUCACCUACAUCAGGAACACCAAGCGCACCGCGGAGGUGUGGAUGGACGAGUACAAGCAGUAUUACUACGAGGCCCGGCCCUCAGCCAUCGGGAAGGCCUUCGGCAGUGUGGCCUCGAGGAUCGAGCAGAGGAAGAAGAUGAACUGCAAGUCCUUCAGCUGGUACCUGGAGAACGUCUACCCAGAGCUCACGGUCCCGGUGAAGGAGGUGCUCCCCGGCAUCAUUAAGCAAGGAGCUAACUGCCUGGAGUCCCAGGGCCAGGACACCGCCGGGAACUUCCUGCUUGGAGUGGGCACCUGCAGGGGGUCUGCCAAGAACCCACCAGCACCCCAGGCCUGGCUGUUCAGUGACCACCUCAUCCAGCAGCAGGGGAAGUGCCUGACCGCCACCGCAACCUCGCCUGGGUCCCCCGUCGCACUGCAGACGUGCAACCCGAGAGAAGGCAAACAGAGAUGGAGGAGAAAAGCCUCUUUCAUCCAGCACUCGGUCAGCGGCCUCUGCCUGGAGGCCCAGCCCACCCAGCUGGUGACCAGCAAGUGCCAGGCCGACGCCCCAGCCCAGCAAUGGCAGCUGUUGCCGCAGCUGCACACAUGA